AUGGAGAGAAUGGAAAUUGAUGUCAUGCCCAAGCUUCACAUGACACAAUCAGCCACAUUUGAAGACCCUCGAAUAGAGAGCGGCCAAAUAACCCCUCCAGCCCCUCGGAAAGUGGAAAUGAGGAGGGAUCCUGUGCUAGGAUUUGGGUUUGUGGCUGGUAGUGAAAAGCCAGUUGUUGUACGCUCAGUAACACCAGGCGGCCCCUCUGAAGGAAAGCUUAUACCAGGGGAUCAGAUCAUCAUGAUUAAUGAUGAGCCAGUCAGCACUGCUCCAAGAGAGAGAGUCAUCGACCUUGUCAGGUUUUUAGAAAGCCAUCUGCUUCCAGGCUCACCCAGAGUGCCUGGCAAAGGGAUGGAGUCCUCACAAUGCUGCCACAGAGGAAGUGGGAAGGGAGGCAAGCUCCACGAUGUAUGGCAGGCCAUGGCAUGCUCUCCUGGCCGUGCAAUAACGCACAUUAAGCCCCGCAUCCUGGAGGGGAUCUGGGGAACUCGCUCUCCUAAAUCAGCUUUUAUUAGUGCUGCAAAAAAGGCAAGAUUGAAGUCCAAUCCUGUCAAAGUGCGAUUCUCAGAAGAAGUAAUUAUCAAUGGCCAGGUGUCGGAAACAGUUAAGGACAAUUCACUUCUUUUCAUGCCAAAUGUUCUGAAGGUGUAUCUUGAAAAUGGACAAACCAAAUCUUUCCGUUUUGACUGCAGCACUUCAAUAAAGGAUGUCAUCUUAACUCUCCAAGAAAAGCUUUCCAUCAAGUGUAUUGAACACUUUUCCCUGAUGCUGGAGCAGAGGGUUGAAGGAUCUGGAACGAAACUCCUUUUGCUACAUGAACAGGAGACUCUAACUCAGGUGACCCAGAGGCCAAGCUCACAUAAGAUGAGAUGUCUUUUCAGGAUUAGCUUUGUCCCAAAGGAUCCCAUUGAUCUUUUAAGAAGAGAUCCAGUUGCUUUUGAAUAUCUCUAUGUACAGAGCUGUAACGACGUGGUUCAGGAAAGAUUUGGACCAGAACUGAAAUACGACAUUGCCCUGCGCUUGGCUGCAUUACAAAUGUACAUUGCAACUGUGACCACCAAGCAAACCCAGAAAAUCUCCCUCAAAUACAUAGAAAAAGAAUGGGGAUUAGAGACUUUUCUUCCAUCUGCUGUGCUGCAAAGCAUGAAAGAAAAGAACAUAAAGAAAGCACUUUCACACCUUGUCAAAGCAAAUCAAAACCUAGUUCCUCCGGGUAAAAAGCUAUCUGCUCUGCAAGCCAAGGUGCAUUAUCUAAAGUUCCUCAGUGAUCUACGAUUAUAUGGAGGGCGUGUUUUCAAGGCAACACUAGUGCAGGGAGAAAAGCACUCAGAAGUGACUCUGUUAGUAGGGCCACGGUACGGAAUCAGUCACGUGAUAAACACCAAAACAAACCUGGUGGCUCUCCUGGCAGACUUCAGCCAUGUGAACAGGAUUGAGAUGUUUACAGAAGACGAAAGCAGUGUUAGAGUUGAGCUGCAUGUCCUAGAUGUAAAA